UUGGAAGUAGAUGAAGUUCGAGAUACUGUCCUGUUUACAUCUGCUCAAAUCAUUGUUGUUCAAGUUGUUGUUCGAGUUUCCUCCGCCACGCAGCCAAUCAUUCACAGCAACCGCCACGCUUCUUCCAGUAAGACCGUAUUGCCCCACUCAGAUUCCAGCUCCUCUACGCCUCCCACCAAAUACGCGCCCGUCCGGUGCCAGCACAUCCUCAACCCAAUCGUGUCCAGCUCCUCGUCAUCAUCCCUCAUCAACUCCUCAGACUGCGCGUCACUUCCCUGACGCCCAUGCUGUCGACACAUGCCUGCUAAGUGACUUUGGAGGCGGUCGAGAGAGGAGAUGUCCUGGCCGGUGGCGCUUGCUCGAUUGUGACAAGGCCGACACAAUGGGCACGUAGUCCGGGUUGGUGCGGUGGCGAUGCAGCUCGCGCAAAAGAGCUGCUGGAUGUCGAGGAAGAGCUGGGAGAGCUUCUGCAUGCUGAGAAGAUGGUGGGAGAGCUUCUGCAAGCUGAGAGAAUGGUAACAGAGCUACUGGAUGUUGAGAAGAUGGUGACAGAGCUUUUUAGAUGCGGACAAGAUGCUGGGAGACCUUCUAGAUGCGGAGAAGAUAGUGAGACAGCUUCUGCAUACUGAAAGGAUAGUGGCAGAGCUGCUACCAGGUGAGGAGGUGGUGGAGGCGGCGCCCUGCGACGCUGAGGCGGUGGGGCCACCAAGGUGGCGGUGGUAGUGAUCUAGGGGCCGCCGAGGUGGUGCUGGUAGUGAUCCCCGGGG